UCCUCACUUAGCAACCAUUAGAAGUUAUGAUGGGUCCCCCAAAGGUACUUAGGACCUGAUUCUAGUGUUCUGGUGGCACGCAUGCACGCAACACACAAAGUCACAUGACCACAUUUUGAACACUUAGCAGCCGGCUUAUCUUCAUGGCCGGUUGCGGUAUCCAACAGUCGCGUGACAUAGUUUACUAUAGGUUUUCUUGCAGGAAACUGGCUAUAAAGGCCAGUUUCCAGCAAAAAAUUCACAUAACAAUGCAUUAACUUGCUUAACGAAUUCAAUGUUCAAUUUAGAGGCAUGAUGUUUACUUAACCACCACCGCAAAAAAAAAGCUGUAAAAUUAGACUGAUCACAUGGGUACCUUGACAUAGGACCAUCACAACUUAAUGACAGAAAUUCUAAGGCUCUGUAAAUGCUCUGUAUUUCUUCUUGUACAGUUAUCCUAGCUUGUCACCUUUCUAUUAGAUAAAGUCAAAACAUUAGGAAGCAUCUUCUCUAACUGGGCAUUUACUGAUUGGAAAGUGUGGGCUGCCAAGGAGACUUGAGAGGAAGAAAAAGAACUCUUAACAGCAACAGCUGUAGUGCCCUCAACAUUUUCAGAAGGAAAGAUGAAAUGCAUCCCCAAAAUAAAUUCAAAUAAAGUACUGGAACACUUUAAGAAUAAUGUAGAAAGACAAAAGAAAUUUACCUUUUCACAGCAGAAAAAGGGCUUGAGAAUUUGAAUUGAAAAUUUUAAGACAGCUUUAGGCCAAACAUUACAAUUCUAGCAGCAGGAAUCAUACAUAUUGUAGAUUAUUCCAAAAGAAGGCCAAGCGUAUAGAUCCUGAGUUCUUCUGUACCUUGGGAUGAGUAACUCUUAAGAUGCCUUUGCCAGUGGAAGGAGGCACCCUAGUGAUUGCUCCUUACUGCACCAGUUCUUGCAUACCUACUGUGGAAACAUGACUUGACUAUCCAGAACACAGGGGUAGUGUGCAAACUUUAUCUCCUUCCCUUACAGUUCCUGGGAUCAGUUGCUGGCUCAAAUGCCUUCCUUGAACAGGAAGCUUCUUCCAUGUAUGAGAGGCCAAUGUUUUCAGUUGCACCAAGCCUAGCCACCAACGCUUCAACAGCCUUUAACCCCUAUUUGGGGCCAGUUUCUCCUGGCUUGGUCCCAGCAGAGAUCUUGCCAACAGCACCAAUGCUGGUUGCAGGGAAUCCUGGUGUGCCAGUUCCUGCCGCUGCAGCAGCAGCAGCACAGAAGCUAAUGCGGACGGACAGAUUGGAGGUAUGUAGAGAGUAUCAGCGUGGCAACUGUAACAGAGGAGAAAAUGAUUGCCGGUUUGCUCACCCUGCUGACAGUGCAAUGAUUGAUACCAACGACAAUACUGUUACUGUCUGCAUGGAUUACAUCAAAGGGAGAUGUUCAAGGGAAAAGUGCAAAUAUUUUCACCCUCCAGCCCAUCUGCAAGCUAAGAUCAAAGCUGCCCAGUACCAGGUCAAUCAAGCAGCAGCUGCUCAGGCAGCAGCUACUGCAGCAGCCAUGACUCAGUCGGCUGUCAAAUCACUGAAGCGACCCCUCGAGGCAACCUUUGACCUGGGGAUUCCUCAAGCUGUACUCCCCCCAUUACCAAAGAGGCCUGCGCUUGAAAAAACCAAUGGUGCCACUGCAGUCUUUAAUGCUGGUAUUUUCCAAUACCAGCAAGCUCUUGCAAACAUGCAGUUGCAACAGCAUACAGCCUUCCUCCCACCAGGCUCAAUAUUGUGCAUGACACCCGCUACAAGUGUUGUUCCCAUGGUGCACGGCGCUACGCCCGCCACUGUGUCUGCAGCAACAACAUCUGCCACAAGCGUCCCCUUCGCUGCAACUGCCACAGCCAACCAGAUUCCCAUAAUAUCUGCCGAACAUCUGACUAGCCACAAGUAUGUUACACAGAUGUAGACACUUAAUCAUCAAACAAUCAUAUGACGGAGAAGAGGACAGCGUGGUUGAGUGAAGAAUCAGGACAGGUCAUUAGCCAUAAUGUAUAUACCGUAAAAUAACAGCACCCAAAUUUCCUCAGCAGUAAGACAUCCACAUAUUGCAUGUUAACAAGAUGAAAUGACAACUUGGAAAUUCACUGCACACUGUUGCCUAUAUACUUUGUACAUUGAAUAGAUAUUUGUGCUGGGGUGAUCAUAUUGUCUAACGCAGCCUUCCCUAACUUGGUGCCCUCCAGUUGCGUUGAUCUAUAAAUCUGGAUUGCAUCCUGGAAGUUGUAGACCCAAGAAAGCUAAAGGGCAUCACGUUGGAGAAUGUUAGUCUAAAGACUACAGCAUUGUCCAUCUUUUCUAGCACACAAGUAUGCAAUGCAUACCCAGCUGACGUAUGCAUUGGUAGACUCUUUUCCUACAUAAUCAUGUACGUCAUUUUGAAAAGACAGACUGUGAUGUAGCCAUAGAUCUAUAAUGUAUUGGUACGUCUGUAGACCAAGAUAUAAUUUUUAAAGUAAGUUUAUUAUCUCAAGGUUUACAAAUAACAAAAAGGUGCACCUUGUAUUUAAAAUUGCCAUUAUAGAAGAGACCGUGCAUGCACAGUAUAAUUUUUUCCUUUUUUGUUUUAAGAGUAAUAUUUUUAAAUGUAAUAGAUUGUAAGAAGUGGUAAAAGAGGUAUCUGACAGAGAUGAAUGUGCCAAGUAAAAAACCACAACUGUGUAUAUUUUUAAAGCACAUCAAUGGCUUUAAGUACCGUGUUGUUAAAGAUUUUCAUGAAGUGCCAUAGACUGUAAUCAAAGUAGAGUAUUAUUUCUUCAGUGUUACUUUAAGAGCCACAUUUUUGCUUGUUUUGCUAGUAGGUAAUCAGUCAAAGGGCACCCUUCCGUUUCAAACCAAAGCUGUCUCAGAAAUGGCCACCUCAGUUAAAAAUAGACAGCACAUUUUUUUUGUUUUUCUUAUUUUUUUAAAAGCAAAAACAAGAGUAGAUAUAUGGGUCAUUCCUACACAUACUGGAUAUAUAAAGCUAUAAAUUAUUAUAAACCAUUGUAGUUGUAAUAGUUUUGCAAAGUAUACUGUAUAACAAACAAUAUUUUAAAAAAGGGAAGAGCCAUUUCUGAGACAAUAUUAGAAAAAGUCUAAAUAAUUUUAUUUUGCUUCAAUUUUAUAACCUCUGUCAAAAGUCCAGGAGACUCUAAAUGUGUUGAAGGAGAUGGGUUUUGCUUUUCUGAUCCAAUGCAUCACUUCAAAGUCACACACUUAAAAAAAUAGUGACUCUAAAUCAUGGGAAAAGCACUGACAUCAGAUGCCUGAUUAAAAAGAAAACCAAAAUAAUCAACAAUCAAUGAAAAUGUUAAUUAGAGUAGGCGCUGGGUGGGUUAACUAUCGGGUGAGUUUUAUAUGUGAUUUCUUCUGUUGAGAUUUAACUGCUUUAUAGCCUUAGAAAGCCUUUACAAAAUGAAACAAAAAAUAGAUGUGCAUUCAAGUUUUUAAGAUGGAUUCAUCCAAAGGAAAUCCUUUGUGUGGUUUGGAUGUUGCAGUUAGUAAAGGAUAUAUUUUGCUCUGUUAAGCAAAGCUCGAGGUGGGGGCCAGGUUUCUGGUAGCGUCGCGUAGAAUGGGAGAGGUGAGGGUUCGGUUCUAGAAUUCUCCAUACUUCCAAGUUUACUUGCAAGUUUUUAUGCUUGAGAGAUGCUUUCUAGUUAAAAAAAAAAAAGAAUGAUGUGUUGAUUUUACUGAUUGUACUGUACAUCUAUUAAAGCCUUAGAUUAUUACAUUACGGGUUAAAACCCAUACCAAUGUAAUUUCAAUCGUGUUAAGAAAGUAUAGGUGACUUCACAUGUUAUUGUAGUUUACUUACAUUUAGAGAAUAUGACUUAUUUUUCCUUGUUAAAAUGGUAGUUUUUAUUUCGUACAUUUAUUAGAUCAUCUUCAUUUUCUAUUACCAGAUGAAUGCCAUUUAAGUUUAUAGAAUUUUGUUUUAUUAGAUUUUACUGAUGAAUUUUUUUCAAAAUAUGAAAAAGAAUUAAAAAUAUUUUUUCUUCAUAGCAUAUGCAGUUUUGAAUUUACAUGUAGUGUCAUGAAUAUUCGUAUUCUUGUUAACUAAAUGAUUUAUAUUUUACUGAUUUAAUAUUACAAUGUAAGAAUAUCAGUCAUUGUUAGUUCUUGUCUAGUUUUCAUUAAAAGAACAAAGAUCUUUUAUAUGGAUAUCUUAUAUAAUCAUUGUUAAGUAAGAAGUUAAGUUGUUGCUAUUGAAAUGAUCCUGGCAGACAACUGAGUAAUAUUUUGAUGAUUUAUUUUGUUUGUAAUUAAUUAUAAAAGAAAAAAUCUAGUUCUUAGAUAUUAGAAUAAAAUUUAUUUUCUACUGUAUCCAUUUCAAAUGUUAAAAUAUUGUUUAAAUAUUUUUUGAAAUCCCUGAAUAUCAGGCCUUCUUAUAAAUAAGCUGCAUAAUCAGUAGAUCAAGGGACUUUUUUGUUGAUAAUCCAAAUACUCAAAAAGUUUACGUAUAACAAGAAUUAUAAUAAGUGUGAGUGCUUGUGCAUACUCUUGAGGGAUGAUUAUGCUGCAAUUUAGCAUGUGGGAAAGUAUAGAGAGAAGGUUGACCUUUUGCACUUCUGUAUAUAGUCAAAUAAAAAAAAUAAAGAGAGAAACCUGUAUAAUAGUAAGAUCUUAUUUUGAAUAAAAAUGUCUAUAAAUACAAGGAGUUUUGUUAAGGCUUAUAAAAAUGACAGGCUGAACAAAAUUGCUUGCAAAAAAGUGGCACAGAAUUAGCACUCCAUACCCCUUUGAAAAAGUGGCUUUGCUUUAUGUGAACAGCUUCUAGUUUGCCAGGAUUCUUUCAGCUGGAAAGAUUGGCCAUCCUUCUCAUGACUAACAAAAGCUGCACUGGUCUAAAUCUGCCUGAAGAUAAUUUCUGAUGAGACAAGAAAAAUAAAAAUUAUUUUUUUAAAAAUGAAAUUUCAGAAAAACAGGUACUUCCAACCAUUAAAGGUAAAUCAUGGAUCUAAUAUGUCUUACAUUACUCAAAACAACUACUGCAUGUUUCAAGUAUCAAGGAGAGAGAGAGAGAGAGAAAAAGAAAAUAUAAAUAGAUAUAAAAUAUAUAUUCUAUUCAAACCAGUUUCUGAAAAAUUUCAGUAGUUUUAUUAUUCACACACUAGCGCAAACACACACAUACACAGGGAAAGUGAUAUUGACUUUCACAUGCACACUAAAGAAGUUUGAAAAUGUCAACAGGCAAACCAAAACAAAACCAUCAUAGCUGUAGUUGUUACGUAAUUAUUUUUAUUGCUGUAGUGAUCCGGUUCUUUUAGCAGGUGAAAAAAAAACCACCCUUUCAAAUUUACCAUUUUUAACCUAAAGCACUUGACAAACCAUGUACUACAUGAAGCCAAAGUGAGGGGGGAGGGAACCAAUGAUUGGAUCUAUUCUGUCUCAUAAUUCAUAUUGAUGAAUUAGUACAUGUUGCACUUCCUUGCAACCCUAUAACUUUCAUCUGCUGAAAGGACAGGUGUGCUUGGUUUUUACUAUUAUGUAAUCACAGACUUAAAUUUGCUUGGUAGUUGCUCCAACUUAUGUACUCUGUCCUGGGCUGCAAUUUGUUUUUAUGCUUAUUUUAUUAUUACUGCUAUAGCUGUAUGAAAAAAAAAUAAAGUUAAAUUGCCCUAAUAAAA